CCAUACUGGCCAAAGGCCAAAGAGGACAGGCAUUGCUGGAGUUAGUGGGGAUGGAAGCCUGUAGCAAUGAGGUGAGUGAAGAGCUCUGGCAAGACCAUAACUGGUGAGGGUGAAGAGUCUAGGAGGCUGGACACCUUUGCCUUCAUGCAGAGUUCUUAGUGAAGCAACCUCUCUUUGGAAGACUAUCUCUACUCACAAGAGUAUUUGUAAAAAUAAAGCAAGCAUGAUUAUGCCAGUCAGCUGAUAGCCCUGUAAAUCAUCAGAGCCCAACAUGCCAAGGCAAGGUCUGUGAUUUUUUCCAGUGAACAGCAUCCAAAUUUGCCUUUUAUUCAUUCAGAUUUGUCCUAAUCUUCUAAAUGUGCCUCUUUUUUGCUUCAGAUCUUGCCCACGUCUUCUGAAUGUGCCUCUUUUGAAGCUUCUGAGAAAAGCUAUUUCUGAAAUUAGGUGUGGCAGAGAGAAAGCAUUAAGAAGGAUUUAAAAACAUGCAACAAGCAUUUAUAUUUUCAGUUUCGUGCCUUAAAAGUAGCUUGCACAGAUGUAUGGGCAAAAAAAAAAACUUGUCUGUUGGCAACAGACCGUGACCAAGAUAUUGGAAGUAAAAUCACUGCCAUGUUGUUGUAAAUCAAAUAAUCAGCACAAAUUGAUAUAAGAAGAAAGACUUGGAUAUUGCACUGGGUUAGGACUCAGGAAGUCAGUCACUGUUUAGCCCCCAGUAUUGCAACACACUUCCUGUGUGUCCUUGGACAAAUCAUAAUCUCUGUGCCUCACUGCUUGUCUGUAAAAUAGGAAUAACAAAACUUCCUGUCCCCCACAUUUUGGCUCUGAUUUAAUUAAUCUGUAAGCUCUUUGGGGGUAUGACUGUCCCUUGCUGGUAUACAGACCUUAGCUCAAGGGGGCUCUUGUCUCUACAGGAAUCUCCAAGUGAUACCGUAGUAAUAUUUAGUCUGGCAUAAUAAGGAAACAAAUAUUAAAAGAAAAAAAACUGUUAACAUGUUGUAGUUAAUAGAAAAAUGAGCAAUAUGAAGAAUGAGUUUUGAAAGGGCAAACAAUAUAAAAGAAUUAAUAACAUUUUUGUAUAAAUCAGAUUACAAAAAAUAACCAGCAAAGGGACUUUGUGAGAGAACAAAGAGGAAGCCACGUUUUGCUCUCUUGUGGCCUUGUGUGGACAGCUUUUGUUUGAAACCAAAACAGGGAAGAAAAUUAAACUGUCCCACAGGACAGAGAACCCAGAACUCAGAAUAAAAUUUUAAGCUUUGAGAAAAUUAGCAGCAUACAGAGAGGGAUGGACACAGGGGUGGAGAAGUCAGGAAGGGGUGAAAAACUUUGAAAGACUUAGUUUCUUUUUCUGAACUUGUUAAAAACAAACCAGAUGUGGUAAAAACCUGCCUGUAUCAGCCAUGGGCCACUUCUCAGUGCUAGAGUGCAUCUGUUCUAGUGAGAAUGCAUUUGAUCUUUCUUUAUGUGAGUUCAUUGCUAUGUGGCCACAUCCUGGCAACAUUUACAUUCUCACACAAUUCCAUCCCAUCCCCCACAGGCAUUUUCCCACUUCUGCGCUCCUUCCCUCUAAUCCUCUGCUACUCAGCCACAUUACCAUUCAGGCCUCUAAAUGGUAUGCAGUUAGGGUGAUCCAAAUUUAAUUCAUGCAAAGUCUGGACCAAGACACAGGGGAUAGUGAGAGCGUGGAGGCCAUUCAACUUGGACUUACUGACUCUCUGCUAACAGGAAACUGUGUAGGAGAAUUAGUAGAUUGUUGUUUGCUUGCUCACAGGGCAGAGGAUGUGAUCAGUCCAACUAGCAUCUCUGCAUCAAAAACAAGCAGGACAGAGAGUGAAAAUUCUCAUAAUGUACUGACCUUGAGCUACAGAGACCUGGGACCUUUCAACAGAUCUUACUUUAAAAAUGGCUGAUAAUCAGUUGCUUGUGUCCAUGCAAAAGUUAAAGAUUGAGCAUCAUUUAAACACACAUUUGUUCCAAACUUUCUCCUCUGACUGAUUCUUUCCAGGGAAACACUGGCUACUUUCAGUGGGAGCUGGGGCUAAUUCAGGAAACUAUAAAUAACUUGGGCGGCAACUCUCUUUACUCUCAUGCAUGCCGUGUUUUCCUUUUUAAAAUAAAAUACUGCUCAGCCAUCAUCUUAAACAAAUCAAAUGAUGUAGUCAGGCAAGACCUACUAAUUCACCCUAUGACCAAGUCUCAUUGCUCCCAUCUUCAAGUUGCUUCCUGUUAUGCAGAUACUAAUGGAACCCUGUGCUGCACAGCAGCUGUGCUCCCAGCUUAACUCUUUUGCAAUCUCUUGCAGUCGAGGAUGAUUGUUUUCCAUGACUGUCUUUUCUGAGUCUCUGAAGAUGGCUGAUGAGGCCUAUCCAGGAUGGUCAGACUCUACUGCAGCUCAGACAUGUGUUUCCAUGUGGGGUGGUUGGCACUGGAUUCUUGAUUAUGACACUAUUUCUGCCACUCCUGCUUUUCCAUCUUAUGUGUUGUCAUGAGAUUUCAAAGUAUUGAGAUCCCUGCAGCAGACUCUUCCUCCAUUUGGGACAGUUGCAGGCAGUAGUCUCUCACAAACUGACUUUGACGUCGCAUUUGUUUAACUUGGCCUUGAGGAUGUCCCUGAAGAGCUUUCUGUGCCCUCCUCUUGAAACAUACACCUUGAUUGAGCUGUGAAAAUAAAGCUUGCCAGUUGGACAUCCAGAUGACAUGGCUGGCCCAGCAAAGCUGAUGAUCAACUUCAUUGGGCCAUCUUAAAUAGCCAGGUAGUGAGUACAGCUUCAGAAGAGAUGUUACUUCAGGGUAGAUUUUCAGCGUGACAUUGAGAUUGCAUCUGUGUAUUUCUUUUCACCGAGACAGUCCUCUCUAUCUGACCUGCCUAUUUUCAGCUGUGUGUUGUUCCUACAUGAUUAAAAUGCCUUAGCCAAGCUGUCCCCUUUCUGGAAGUAUUUUGAAAACAAGCUAUGCAAUCCAUCCAACUUUAUCUUUACCUAAGUAUUAUAAUAACUUGAGGAAAUCCAGAGGCAGCAUCAAGUGAGAUGAACUGUAACAGAUUUGUCAUGUUUCCCAAGGCAGGCUUCAGGAUCUGAACAGACACUGAAGUGGUUAAUACAGUACGGUAAAAAAGGGAGUCAGGUUAGAAGUAACUUGUGGGCUUCAAGGUUUUUUUAAGGUUGUGGGAAAAAAAGUACCAGUAACCACAGCUAAGACUAUUUUUCUUCUCUCUUUGCUAUUCCUAACAGCAUGAUUGUACUAUUUUGCCCUUGGCUGGUUUUUUUUUUUUUUUUUUUUUUUUUCAAUUUAGUAAAAUGAAAAGAUGCAAUACAUUUAUAAAAGACAGCUAAAACCAGGGUAUUACAAUGGAGGAUAUUGGGCAACGGGAACUACAUAUGGCUGUACCUCUGCCACUUAAAUAGCAAGGAAUUAGAAAUCUCACCUGUCAAGAAUAGUAAAGUAUCUUUGUUUAGAUAAUUGUUCCAUCUAGUUCUGUUCCUAAUGAAAAUAAGAAUCAAUAGGACAGUGAGUUAAUACGCUAAACCUUCUUUUGACAACAAACAUUUUAAUCCUUUUUUAAGUAGGUCUGCAAAAAAGCUGAGUUUGUGUGGUUUCGCCAUGUGUUUGAUCACAUCACACAACCACCGCUCAGUUUAGCUCUCUGUGCAUUGAGUUGGUAGAAGCCCUGCAAAGAAAUACUGCAAACAGUGGUUGAGUCCAGGGCACAAACUUGCAUUCUGUAUGGCUCUAACUGUUUUUGUAGGUCCUGAAAUCCAGUUCAUAGCAGCCAUUUAAAAAUUUGCAUGCAGAAGGCAGCAUCUGUGAGCUAUGGCACCAACUCCCUUUAUGACUGUGUGUGGGUGCAUCUAUACAUGUGCUUUAAUGUGCAGUAGCCUAUUAAAGCAUCACAGCAAAAACAGUGCUAGUAUGCAAAUGUACAGUAGAUUCUACUGUGUAUUAAAUGUCCCUAAAAAGGCAUUCACUUUUACUACGGCACAUUAGGGCAGCCUAAUGCGCCUUUAUGUAGUACCUUGUAUUAGAGGUACUAAAUUUAACGUACAGUAGCAAAAGUGCAAUAAUGUACAUGUAGACACACCCUGUGUAUCCCAAUAAAACCCAGUAUACUGCUGUUUGAAGUUAUUCUUGCUCCAGGUUUCCAUUAUAGGCAGUGAAUCACAGGCAGUCCUCACAAAUAUAAAUAGUUCACAGCCAGUGCCUCCAUUAAGUGGACUCUUCUUUUGCUAUUUAUGGUAUCAGCAGAACCUCUCGCUUGAACUGUGCUCUUGCAGUGACUCCAGGCUGCCCAUUACUUUCAUAGUGUAGACAUUUGUAGGAGAUGUAGCAGCAGUUCUGGUCUGACUGAUGGAGGAAAUUAAUAGUUGGUUCCAGCAGUCUGCAAUGUCACUGACAUUGCACCCUUUUAUUCAGAUCUGAACUUGGCCCAUGAUGUUUCCAGUCAUCCAAUUGAGUUCUAUGCCUUAACUGUGCUGCAAAAUGUCACCAGCUAUUUAGCCACCCAAGGCAGCUGAUAUCCGGAGCAUGUGCAUGAGGCAAGCUGAAGAGAGGACACAGACUCCCUUCAGCAUGAACAAAGAGAAACCAGUUCACCAUUUCUUGUACAGACAUUUCUACUUGAAGGGUAUAGAUGGGUCCGGAGGAGGCAUUGUAUCGAUAUUGACUGAUACUUAUGCAAGUUGUUACAAUACAGCUGUUACAUCUGCAUGAUUCUGUAGCAACACAUUUGCAGCAAAUCAACUUCAGCUGUAAUUGCUUGUUCACUGCUAAAGUUGGGAUGAUUUAGCUCACUGCUAACUACAGGAUUCUGCAGAUGUAGGCUGCAAAUAACAGCUCUCUUUCUAAGCAGCUGAAACAGCCAUAUUCCAUACCCUCAUCAGAUAAUCAUCUUCCUGUGUGACAGCAAAGCAGACCCUGUUACGCUGGGACAAGAGAAGCCCUCUCCCAUUGGGCACUGGGGCUGACUCUUAUUCCAGAUCAUUCACACUCUAGUGAAACAUUAACUGGUGGCAUCAUGCUUACGUGCAAAAAAGUUACAACAGGGCACUAGAGAGAAGUGAUUGGUGCUAUACAUUAAUUUCUACCAGGUUUUGAUUCUUCCUUGAGUUCAGCCACACAAAUGGGUUGGAGGUGAAAGGGAGGACAGAUUAAUAAAGAAAUCUCAGAGAGAAGGGGAGGUGACCCAGAACUAGACUUGCACAGUUCAUGCUCUAGGAGCUCUUUUGCUGCCUGUUGAGUCAUUUGGGGAAAAUGUGACUUCAUGUAUUCACACCUUUCUCGGGUUUCCCCUGGUAAUCUGAACUGUUAAAUGUAUUUCCCCUCCUGUGUGAUGUCUCCCAUCUAUUGCUGCUCAGAGGCUGCAACACUGAGGAAGGGAGGACAUGAGUAAACAGGCUUUGAGCUCAGCAGGCAGCUGGCCCACCCACUCUCCCUGUCCAUGCUUCUCGUCUCCUUGACACCCUCACUUCCCACCCCUUCCCUACAGAAGCCAGCGAUUCCAUCUGUGCUUUUUUUUCCUAUGAAGAUUGCAAGCCGUGCCAGUACAUAAUUAUGCUCAAUUAGGUGGGAUGAGUUUCAGGAAAGAAAGAAUUAAUUCCUCUUAGUGGUAGUUGUUGGUGAAACAAUUUGCAAAUCUUUCAGUCAGAAGCAUGGCAUAUGGGCCUAGAUGGAGAUUGCUCCUUUGAACUGUUAGAGAAUCAGGGAGAACCCACCCCUACUCUCACAGUUCUGAGGUUUCAUUUAUUCUUGUAAAUUCUUUGUUCUGUGGUGCUUGGAACAACCCUGGAGGCUCCCACUUAGCAGACACUUCUUGCUGGAUAGGGUCUAUUACAGGGGUAGUUAAUCCCUAGCACAGGUGCCAGAGCAUAGUACCUGAAGGCAUUUUGCUUGACACAUGUGCCUCGAGGUGGAUGGUGGGAAAGGGGCUGGGGUUGCGUUGCCACAAAAAGGAUCAAUCCCCUUGUAGCACCCCCACUGUCUGCCCUUGGCAUGCCAACAUCUUACAGAUUGAGGUUGUAGGAGUUUUUGGCACUCUGUCCUAAAAUGUUGCAGACCCCUGGUUUAUUAGCUGGCAUCGAAACAAUGACAGCAAGCACAUCUACCAAACAGGAAGGGGGACAAGGGGAAGGGGGAGCACCACUUGGAAAAGAAGGCAAAAAAUUCUGUCUGACCCACUACUGCAUUUCCUAUUCUAUCCCCCUCAAACUCUGUGUUCUUUUAUUCUAGACUGCUGGAAUUGCAGUUCUGGCCAUCCCUGCUCAAUUCUGUCAGUGUAUCUCAGUCUUGACCUGCAACAUGCAUUGCAGUGUUUAAUGUUCAAGGCAGUAUGUCAGCUUUUGCUGAUAUAUAACGAUGGUUGCUGUUGGCAACUAUCAUUUCAUGAUGCCCAGAUUGAAAGAGGUGAUCUAGAAAGCAAUAUUUUGGUGUGUCAAUUUUCCCUUAGAUGUGCCUAGCACUAGAGACCCGGGUUUUUUGUUAUCAUUGGUAUUAUGUGCAUUGUCAGCUCUGGCAGGGAGAAUUUUCUAAUCCCCAGGAACUAUGGAAAGUCAUAUACUUUGGAGGAUGGUGCAGUCCUUGUCAUGCCAAUACCACCCUUCUACUAACCCAUUGUGUAGGGCUAGCUUUGGCAACAGUGCCACCAAUCUCCCCAUAAUGCCACUGUAGCGGAGCUUCCUUUGUGAUCGAGGGUUAAGUUAACCUUCAGACAGCUAUGUGAUCAGCUAUGCAGCUUUGCUUGUAAAAACUGUUUCUUUAACUAGUACUAAUUAACUCUUUCUUGUCUGUUGACUUAUCAAGUCUCAUCUUCUUGGAAGUGUAAACUGUAACAACCCUGGCUGUGACUAAAAACCAUGUCCAGUUCCAAUUAUGGGGAAAGUAGCAGUCAUUAAAUGGAUCAAGGAGAAAACCAUCACAGAGGCAGAAGAAAGUCCAAGCAGUCCACAUGUGCGUGGCAUUAGGGCUUACAGUAUUCAUCCUGAGCUUGUUGCAGAUUCUUUAGGUUUGCCCUGUGAUGCUUGGAAUAAUAUUGUAUGUAAAAAAAAAAAAAAAAAAAAAAAGUAAGCUACUGAAGGGUGCAUAUUGGUGGUUACUGAAAUAGAGACCUUCCAGUAUUGUGUAGGUGAUGUGAUAGAAGUGUUAAAUAAGAAUAGACAAAAUCCAGUAUUUCUGCUACUUGCCAAGAGGUGUGUAUACACCUUUAUUUCUGCAUUUCAAGUGUGUAACAUUCCUGUGAUCUGCCUGUACAAAAUACAGAGGCCAUGGACAGUUUGUUGCCUCAGGCCUUUUUACACUCCCUCCUCUCCCUGACUACAGGGUCAAACAUAAGGUGAAGAAAUGGGUGUGUUUGUGAGUACCUGGAUGAAAAACUUAUCCUGGAGGCACAAACUCAAAGUUCAUCUUCCAGUUUGCUAGCAUAGUCUCUGAGCCCAAGAAACAAAAGAUGAGUGGCUCCUCUUCCCAUACAGUCAGACAAUAACAACUUCUCAUACACUUUUGUUAUUGCAGUUAACAAAAGUGCUUUCCAGGCUUUUGGGAGGUAACAAGAAUGGUUUAGAAACUGAUUCUGACAUGAUUAAUCUGUAUAUGUACCCUGGAAGAGAUUAGAAGUGCGAAUACAUUUAAUUAACCUCUGGAAUCUUGGGCACAAUUUGACAGCAUUCAGACAGGUGUGGUUCAGAUCAGAGGUGUUUAAUUGGGUUAGUUAGCCUUUUUGAUGGCCACUGCUUUACUUUCUCUGUGAUUCUGAGCUGGCCAGCCCCUGGGGUUGACACAUUGCAUCCACCUCAGUCUUAGGCCCUGCAGAGUCUGCCAUUCCCUUCCUUACUACCCCACAACAUCCUAAUCCCCAAACCUAUGUUAACCACAGCAGCUGGCUUUUAUGUGCAAGACAAUGCAAUAAGCCCCUUCCCUCCACCCAGAAGACUUAAAUCUCAGCUAAAACUUAGCUGAAUUAGGAGACUCAGCGUCAGCUGGGAGUAGCUUAUCCAAAAAGGGAAGUAUUAAAUGGUGCACAGAGACCCUCUCUGUUUUAGCUAACAAUGGGCCAUUUAUGACUUAAUUCUGCAUCACCCAGCCUGCAGGAAAACAGACUCAGGAUUUACUUCUAAUGCUAAAGGAGAAAACAGGAAAAAGAGAUGGACAGAGCUGGGCUUUGCAUUCACUAGCCAGGAUGACCUGGAGGGAGACCAGUGGUUCCAAUUUUCUCAGCAAGUUACCGUGCUCCCAGCCACUCCUCCUCUGGUCCUCACUGUCUCAUGUAAUUAGGUCUGAAUACGCCAGCAAGGAGUGCUUUUACUCAGUUUACACCUAGCUGUGGAGUCAGAUUUGUAUUCUCCUUUGUCUUUCUGUUGUAUACUGUCCCAUUUAGGGAUUUUCCCUGGGCUGAUCAGUGUAAGGGAGUAAGAGGGCUAACUUAUCCUUCCAGCCCUCACAAUGGGACAGCAAGGCCCCCACCCUGCAGGGAUUAACUGUGUGGCAUGGGGGUGCUGACUGCUCAGUGCCCUGUGGCAGUGAAGGCAGUUCUUGUGGUUAGAGGUGGAAAUGACCAAUUCUUCAUCCUAGGCAGGGGUAGCACACAAUGCAGGGGCAGCAACCAGAAAUUCAGUGCUGCACAGGGAAGAUGUCACCUCCCUAUGCUGCCACCAAAAUACAGGUCAAGCAGCCAUUUAAACAUUGAUUUUCAUCUGCAAGUGUUAGCCCUCUCUGACACCUCACUCCUGUUCCCCCACUCUGCCCCCAGCCACUCCCCCUGCAACACUGCUACCUAGGCAUUGUCAACCUUGUCACUGCUGCUCUGCCCUCACCAGAGCUGGAGCUGCUGCACGGAAGGUGCAGAAUACAGGGGGAGGGGAGGACAAGAGGAGGAGGUGUCCCCAGCUCCAUUCUACUGCCCCUCCCCCUGCUCCUCAGGCAGCACCUGGGGGUCAAACCCUGCUUGCCCACCCAUUGCUGCACUACUGCUUAUAGCCACUGGUGGUAAGGUUCUUUUCGUGUGUAUCAGGUCUUUUAUUAAAGCCCGUGUGCUCCAAGUAAGCAGGUCCUUCAAGUCCAGGCAAGGUGUUGUCCUUGGCACAGGAACUUGGGGUGAAAGAUGUUUCUAAGCCACUUUUUCAUUCUUCUAAUCUGAGUCUAGCCAUGGCUAAUUAGCACCUAGUGUAGCUCAUGGACUAUUCUGCCAGCUGGAAAUCUCCUGGCCACAAGGCUUUCUUUCCUGCUUCCCACCUCCUACUGUCUAUAUGCUGCCUAGUCCACAGGGCCUGGGAGCAGGAACUGACAAGUUAGCUAUGCUCUCUUUAUGUCUCCCAGGAUUCCCAUACAUUAGUAUAACUCACAGCUGCCCACAUCUGCUAUGCUGUGUGAUAGCACACCUUUGGUAGGAAGUUAUGUAUAUAUUGCAGGCAGGAGGCACACUUGCAUAUGCUAUCUGUCCCCCAACUCAGUAUUCCAAUGUCAUGCCAUCCAAAUCUAUGAAAAGCCCCAAGAAAAGGAUUCUGGGGAAGCUUUUCUUUAAACUGGGAAAAAGCACAUGAGCAAAUUCACUUUCAAGACGUUAACAGAAAACAAGGCCUUAAAGCUGUUUUCAAACACAUUCUGAGAUGUGAUACUUCCUUUUUUUGCAGGUUCUGUCACGUAAUAAUCAUUUCUAACACAGACAGAGAACAUGACUUAGUCUAACUUCCACACUCGCAGCCAAUGGAAGCAACAGUAAAUGCAGAGGGCUGUUUUUCAUGGCACAAUUUUUAGAGUAGGGACUAAAAAAGAAUACUAUAUUCUACAUGAAACUGGAGGGAGACCUUAUCCUCUAUUUGUGGGGAAAGUGCUGUGGGAUUUGCGUGAAUACAAGUAGCACAACCCCCUUUUACAUCUCACCUAGGUUAAUGAGCGAUACUUGCUGUUUUCUGAAAUUCAGCAUACACAAAAUACAGAAUGCCAACAUGACCAUCACAUGACUAAGAGUAUGCUAUCAGUAACUGCAUGCACGAGAUCAUUGGUCUGUCCAAAUGUGUGUCUCAUCUCUAAUAGUGGGCAAUUAUCUGAUAUUUCAGGAUUCAUAAUGCAUUAUAGUGCAUUUGGCCUGCUGCGUAUGGCAAGAUGGGGAGUUGGGUGUAUGCAUUUUUUUCUCAAUACAAACACAGUGCGCUUGGAAUUACUCAGUUGGCUGCAGAUUUCAGAGACUGUCCAAAGAUUGUAGCAAAAUCUCUUUUAAAGCAAACACAGAAUAGGAAAGACUCAAAACUUCCAGAGCAAGAAGAGAUGGUCUUUGAUCCUUAGGUUGUCUCUCAAUGGGGCAACUUUUCUCUGCUGUAAAACCUGCUUUCUUAAUCUCUUCAUGCAGAAUUACCCUCCUGCAAACUUAGCAUCAUCCUGCCCUAUAGACUUGGUGAUUUUUUUAUAAUACAAUUUAUUCACUGAAUUUUGCUUCUUUUCAGUUUGUGAAUUGACUCUGAAUAGCACAUUUUUUUUAGUCACUUUUUGAAAUAAUUCCUUGAAUGAUUUCAGUAAAUGACUUCUCACAGCAAAGUAACUGGAUCAGUAUUAGAAAUAGGAAAAGUAUCAGUUAGUUUUGACUGAACAGAGGGGGACAUUUAUUUUUCAUUUCCCUAAAGGAAUGAGUUUUGACCCUGCAGAUCAGUGUUUAGGUUCCAGAUACCUGUGAUGGCAAAUUUGAAAUUAAUUUUUCUUUAAAUGAUUUCUGGUAAUCACCUAAAAUUCACUUUCUGUUGCCAUCCUCUACCAUUAAGUUCAUUUGUUGGAAUAGCCUUCAAAAGCAAAUACAAAAACAGUGUGGACCUAGUAAAAAAGAAUUUGGUUAUUUUAUUUCAGCAAAUAUUUGCAAGGAGGGAAAAAACAGCCCUCUCACAUAUUUGCUCAGCUCUACUGACAUGGUUCUCCUAACUCAUCUCUUAGACUACUUGCCCAAGUCCACACCAGCAAAGCAAAAGAAUAAAGCACAAUGCAAUUUGGUCCUUUUUUCUUGACUGUGCUUUGGGCCUCUUAACAACUUAUUUUUUUAAUAAAGUAAUGGAAUAAAAAACAAAUUCCUCUCACAACAAAGAGGCCAGAGGAUCAGAAGAGAUGCUUAAGUCUUAUGAAAUUUAGGAACAGGAAUGGUGUUGAGGGGAUGUGGGGAUAUGUUGUGGGGGAAUCUGUAUAUUUUGUUUCUUUUUCCAUUGCUCAAAUAUUCUGACAAGUUCUGUCAUCAUGUAGACAUGGAGCAGAACACUGAAAGCUUUACUGUCUGGGUGAAAAUUGAUUGGUGGCAACCCUGGAGUCUAGUAAACUAAAAGGCAGCUGUCUCAAACACACGUUCCAUAUGAAUGGUUUGCUGACAAAUUAAACUAACAACAGCUUUAAAUAUACAAACUGGUGCAGAACUCUUUCAGUACUAAGGACUACAAAGGUAAGGCACCAAAAGAUUUCAGAAACCAUGUGGCCGAUAUGUAUUGAGCUGUUGAGCCUUCCUUCUCUGCAAUAGACUGCUUUGUACACCUGCAGGGAAGUUAAUUGACACCUCACAAUGUUUGGAGCCAGUUGAGCUCAAUUGAUUUGUAUGACCUCUCAUAGCUGUCUCUGCUGCUAUUAUUAAAUGAAACACUUGUUGACAUGGUCAGGAAUUUCAUUUGACUGAGAGCUGUGGGUUUAUUAUUGGGUAUUGAUGCUAUUGUUUGAUGUCUGAAAACCUAAACAAGACUUCCAAUGAUCAUUUGAGUGCAUGGAAGUCUCAUCCAAUGUCUAAUGAGUACCAAAAACCUAGGUGCUAGAGCCAUGAAAGGAAAAUUUGCAUAACAAAGGGAAGUAGUGGAAUUGAGCUACGAUCAUCAAUGGAAAUUAUUAGGUUUUUUGCCAGUCAAAGUAUAAACUUUCCAUAAAUACAGGCAGUCCUUGACUUGCAAUGUUUUGAGUUACAAUGUUUUGCACACACCAGCUGCUGAAACUUCCUUAGCCUGACGAAGGGUUUUUGAACUCGAAAGCUUGCUUAAUAACUAUUCUCCAACUAUUUGGGUUGGUCUAAUAAAAGAUAUCGAAUUCUCCCAAGGAACCUUGCCUGCCUGUGUCCUUAGACCAACACGGCUACAACCUACACCCCUGCAAUGUUUUGCACUUGUCACAUUUAUAAAUUGACACACUGUUUCAACUUUCUGACAUCAGUUUUGAUUUUACAACGCUUGCUCUGAUGUGAUGCCAUGCCAACGAACAAGUUCGCUGUGUUGCCCAUCUCCCUGGAGAACAUCUGUCCAAACUUCCUUGGACACGUUCUUUAAGAAAGCAAAUAAGAUUCCAGAAAAACCUGCAGCCAAGACUCCUGAGAAGACUCUAGCCAAGAACCCUUCAAAAAGUCCAGCAAAGUCACCUCAAAGAAGUCCUUCCAAAUCAAUAUGAUUGCUAUUUACAAUGUAAAUACAUUAAUGUAGCUAUAUUACUUGUCUGUAAUUGAUUGAGUAUAUAAAAUUCUGGGUUAUUUUUGGUGAAAAUAGGAUAUCGGGCCUUGGUUCCCCUGUUUAUAACAUUCCCCCAUUUAUAACAUUGUUUCCUAUGGGAAAAUCAGUUCCAAGUUACAACGUUUUGACUUAAGACACGGUUUUCAGGAACCAAUUAUGUCGUAAGCCUGUAUACACACAUCAGUGUGAAGUUUGCAAAUAUCACAGAACAUCUUUAAAAUGGGUCAAAAGGAAAGGCAAAAUGUAGUGUUUCAUGCUCACAAAAUUAAUAAAACCUAAUUAUAGCUCCAAUGCACAGCAAAAGUUCCCAAAUGCUCUCAAAUAUUGUCAACAUGCAGAUCUAGAGGUGCAAUUGCAGAACUCUACAUUGACAGCAAACUUGUAUUGUUAAGAUUAGGGUAAAAGUAAAAGCAGUUAACUUCCUUAGAGCCCACAGAUAUUUUUGUGCUUUCUCAGACCAGGAGGGUAUAAAAAGGCUUCCAUAAACACAGUUAACUUCCCCAAAGUUAUUUGGCAGAAUUUUCUUUUUGCAUAAUGGAAAACACCAGCUUUGCUUUGCUAACCAUCACAACUCCAAUUUCAGAAAAAAAGUAUUUCCCCCAGGGUGGGUUAUCUGAUCUCAGAUGUUCCCCCCCAGUAAAAUACAAAUAGAUUAUUAUUACAUGAGUCUUCCUAGCUCAGACUUUUCUACAACAAAUUAUAUUUUGAGUGAAAAAUCUCAGUAUAGUUUUGUUUUCUAUUUUGCUUUGCACCAUUGGUUUUCUGUUUGCUUCAUUACUAAUUUGGGUGCUGCUUCUCCUACUCAUUUAAGAGUAAAACUCCCACUGGCUUCCCUCACACUGGACCAAACUUCAUUAAACACAGUCAGUCUUCAUCUUAUCUGUCUUUGAAGAUUCAUUUGCAGAGUGUAUUCAAUCUCUGCUGCUAUGGAGAUCUGCAAUUGAUGAAGGAAUCCUCAUUCCUUCCCUGUUCAAACAGGCAUGUUCAGCUGAGUAUUUAUCUUUCUAUGGACUUAGUGUAAAUAGCUCCUAGUUCUUUUCUGUGUGUUCCUUGCCUCCGUCAGUUUAGUUCCUCUCUUUGCCCUUCUCUCUUUAGUCUCUCAAUUGUUUUCUUUUUCUGGGUUGCUUCUUCAUUGCAGGAAGGAUGUAUAGCAAGCGACAGCUGACACACAACACCAAAAAUGUAUUUUUUGGCUUUAAGACCAAGUUCAGAAGUGUUCUUGCCUGAUGCAAUGUCUGGCAAGGUUCCUCUAGUUUGCAUUCUGCUGUGGGACACAGUCAAACAAUAACUAUUAAAGAGUCUUGCUUCUACCAGACACAGAGAGAUUAAUCUACAGCCAAUUGUACUGCUUCAAGGCUGUGUUUUAUCAGUGUCGGCAUUAAAAACCACAAGGGUGAAGCUGGAGUCACUGGAACUUUGUGUUGGAACUGCAGCCAUGUUCUAUGCAGUUUAUAUUUGUGGGUAACAUAGUAUUUAGCUGCAAGCAAAAAAAAAAAAAAAAAAAAAACUGAAGGAAAAAGUAUGAUUUUUUUUAUUAUUAUUUAGAGAAUUUAAAGGAAGAUUUUGAAAGAGAUUUAAGAAGUUAGGAGUACAAGGCCUAUGAAAAAUCAGUCUGGUGUGGUAAACGCCUUAAAGUCCUUUUGAAAAUUCUACUUUUAUACACAAAAGUAUUUACAUGUAUUUCAACAUCCAGACAUACUUUCUCCCACCACUUUCUACCUUCCUCCUCUAAAGAAAAGUGCUAAAUUUGAAUCAUUGUAGAGCUUUUAUAGCAACAACUAAUAGCAUAAUAUUGUGCAUGUAUACAUUGCACAUAUACCCAUCACUUUUCUUCUGCCAGAUCCUAGAGCACUUUACACAAACUGUAAAUAUAGCAUCACUGAACUUCAUUUGUUUCUGUGGAUGGAAGGUCAUUUUGCUGCAGUAGUCACUGAUAAUAAUAAUAGUUAAUAUUUCAAGGAAAAAAUCUAUUACUUGUGAUGUUAAAAGUCUACACAGUCAUUAAUGCACUUUAGGUAAUGUGCAUUAAAUUUAGUACCUCUGGGCAUUUUUACAUAUGCUGUUGUUGGCUUAGAAAUGGUAUUUAAAGGCCUAUUUUUUUGGAAAUUGGCUUAUAGGUAUAGUUAUAUGCAUUAUAAAGGGUCAGGAUGGGCAGCAGGAGUUAAAUGAAUUUCUAAAGUGCUUGGGAGAUGCACACACAGCUUCUCAUAGCCCUGAAAGCAGGUGGGCUGUCUAGCACAACAAGGCCAGCAGAUGGACACAGCUUGAGAAUGAAGUGGGGCAUGCCAUAACAUGAGAUCGCAGCCUUUAAGGCAGACGGGUUGUCUAACACAACAAGGGGGGACAGCCUGGGAACCAAGCAAGUAUAUACUGUACUAUCCCCUAACACAAGAUAAGUGACACCAGCUACAAAGCCCCAGAGCAGCAGGGGGGCUGAGUCCCAGUUUUAGGGGAACAGACCAAAUUAGGAGAAGGCCCGGAAGGCUACGUGGACAUGUGACCACAGAGAGACAGCCAACCAGAGAUAGCCAUGAGGAGAGGCUGAGGGAUUUGGGACUCUUCAGUCUGGAAAAGAAGGCUCAGGGGGGACUUGGGAGCAGCCUACAAUUAUAUAAGAGGGGUACAUCAGGACAUGGGAGAACAGCUGUUCACUAGAGCUUCCCAAGGGAUAACAAGGUCUAACAGCCAUAAACUGCAAGCACCUACUUUGGACUCUUUCAAAAAACAUCUGGAUAUUUUUCUUGCUGGGAUCACUUGAUCCCAGCUGACUUCCUGCCUAUGGCAGGGGGGCUGGACUCAUGAUCUCAUGAGGUCUCUUCCAGCCCCUAAUGUCUAUGAAAUCUAUGAAGCCAUCAGGAGUCAUCAAGGGGGAAGGAGAAUACAAAAGCAGAGACUUGAGAUUAACAAAGGGUCCCUCCCUGUUCCUUCUCGUCCCCCCCUGCCCCCCUCUGUUUCUCCUGGUCCCUCCCUUUGUCCCAUCCUUCCCAUCUCUCCUUCUAGGGUCCCCAUCCCUGUCCCUGUCCCCUGGGAAGGGUCUCUGAGGCCACCAUGGACUGAUGGCAUACCAGUAGCUCAUCUCAUGCACCCCACUGGAGGGGGGUUGUGGGCCUUGGCAUUCCAUCUCCAGACUGCCGACACCUAAGAGAGAGAACCUCAAAGUGGGGCCUGCAUCCUGACUAGUUGUACUUUGACCCUAGAAUUGGUAGAUAUAGAAUUGUUUGUAUUGUUGCAUUUUUGUUAUCAUUCUGUAUCAAUAAAUUUGCCUAUUAUCAACUGACAGGUGUGGUCGAGCUGAGGGUUGUGCUCGCCUGGAACAAAGGUGUAUAAGGGCUGGGUCCAAAUCCAGUGCCAACACUCCGGGCUACCAUCUGGGCGGCACCAGGUGCUUCAGUUAGCAAGCCAUGCAAAUUAAAAGCAUCCAUGCAUCACGUGUAUCAGUGUCCCUGUGCUGAAAAAAUGGCAGCAGGGUGCUUUGAACUAAAGCUCAUUGAACACAUUUUAUUUCAAAGCACACCACCACCAUUUUUUUCAGCAUGGGGAUGCUGAUACACAUGAUGCAGAAGGUUGUGGAGCGUGUCAAUUUCUGUGCUCCAGCAGACUCAAUCAAGUCUGCUUCAAUGCACUGGAUUUCCAGCACAUUGGAGCAGGCUCCACACGUGUAGAGGAGCCCUACAUUGUGAGGUACUAGAAAAAGGUGUGUUAACUUAUUUUAAGGCACAUUAAUUAGAGAACACUUUUUUGUGACACUUUAACAUGCAUUAAAAUAGGUUAAUGCACCUUAAAGCACAUAUGUAGAUGCGUCCAGUAAGACAUAUAUGGUAAGGAAGGCUCUUGUCUUUGAAACGUCUGAACUUGAUCCAUUUUGUAGAAUUUCUAAUCCUUACAUACAAGAUUGUACAGAAUUGCAUUAAGUGCUAAUUGUGAUGUCAUUUUUCUGUCAUUUGUGAUGACAGGCUGUAAGGGCAUCAUUUAAAUAACUCUGGUGAUAUAGCUACAGAUCUGAUCCUGUGUUUUUAUAGUCAAAGAAACAUGUUUCUUGGAGAUGUGCAGGUUUUCACACUGUGCUGUUUUGCUGAAGACAGCUGAAGUCACAUGUAAUAGAUCAGGCCCUUGUCUUUUGCUAUAACAGCUGUUUUCCUUCGCACAUUCCUUUUUCUUGAUUUUCAGCUGAAACUGGCCCACCUGGCAGCUGCUGGAGCUGCUCCUCUUCAGCAGGGUCAGAAUGCAAUACAGGAAGUCAUGGUUAUUCAGGGGGUGGUGCAGAAAGAGACAGCCUCCUUGGCAUGCUAAGGAAGCAGUGACAAGGAGCUGGAGAAUCUGUGUACAGAAUGCUCCAGGAUGGGAACAGUUCUGUUCAGCAUCUUGGGAGCACCAAUGUGAGGGCUCCCCUGGGGCUGAAUGAACAGGAAGAAUUCAUCUCACUCCGUGGCUGAGGGUGGCUACUGAAUUGUGGAGUCCUUGGCUAGGUCAGCAUGAAGAAGCUUUAAGUAUCUUGGGCGGGGACUGGAAUUUGCCUACCGGGGAACAUGGGAAUGCUGCCUCCUGAGCUGUUGGCAAGGCUACUGGGAAUGUUUGGCAGCUGCUGCUCCCCUCUGGGUCAAAGAUUCAAUGGGGCUAAGCUACUGCAGUUUACCAUUCAUCUAGCAUAAGAUAAGACCAUGCACAUAGGGAGUUGCCAUAAAAUGGCCAACAUGUAGUAAACCUCUGCCUCCUUUUACUUCACAGUAACUAGUUCACCUACCUAUACUUUUAAAGUACUUUCAGAGGAAAGCGUGACCCAAGGAACAAGCAAGCAAGUGACCUGGUUACUUGCGCAGAACUCCCCACUGGGAAAAAUGAGGAUCCCAAAUCAAAGCAUUAGAUUAAGCUGCCUCAGAUGGUGUUGGACUGUUAGCCACUGCAAAAUUUAAUAGUUCUUAGGAAAGUUUGGGAGAAGUGAUAUGUUAAUAAGAGGUCUGUCGUUAGAGGUCAGCAUGGCUACUUAUCUAUGAAAUUCUCUUGGACCUGCAGACUGGGCCAGGAAAAUAUAGGAGUAGAGGAACAAUACCAGUUCAAAAGGUUUUCAAGGGAUGGGAUAUGCACUCCCUUCUCUGAGUGCAGUAACUUGCUUCUGAACUGCAGAUUUCCCAGCUAACUCCUGCUUGUACUUUUCAAAGCUGAGGAGGAGAUUUGCCACUACUGUAUUAUUACUGUGAAGGGAACCAGAGUUUGAAAUUAAUUUUCUAUCCUUAGUUCUGUUUUAUCUGCUACCUGAACAAGACAUGUUCUGGCAAGAUUGUGAAUGAAAUAAAACACAGGGCUUUUGCUGAUCUGUUUAUGUUACAUCCCAAGUGCUGUUCUUCUGAAUCAAAGGAGCAGCUCAGAAUUAAUUAAGAUUGAACCCACCAUAAACAACCUGUCUCACCUUAAACUUGUCCUCAUGUCAGCUGUUUCACACUGUGAGUUAAGCACUUGCCUUUGAGGGGAAUUCUGUCGUCAUUUUCUCCUAGUCCUAAAGUUCUACAACAUCUCUUCAUCACUGGACCCCAGCUGUACCAAUGGAGAUUUGAUCCUAACACUAACAUAUCCCUUAAUCUCUCAUGGUAGCAGUGUAGAAUCUACUGUACAAGCCAGUGCCUGUUAAACACUGUGAGUUGAGCCUGCCCUGCCACUCUUUCCAUCACAAAACUAUUCCCUCUAAAAAUCAAGUGUACAGUGAAUGUGUUAUUUUGCAGGUUUUCUUACUCUCUUUUUUGAACUUGAUUGCAAUAAAUCCAUUUGUCACGUCAUGGUUGGGAUUCAGGAACUACAAUAUCUUCAUUGAUGUGUUAGAUAUUUUCUACUGAACUCAGACAGCAUUGGGGAAGUGAGUGAUUAUAUCUGCAUGUGUGAGCCUGAGCACGUGUGUGCAUGUGGAAGCUAGGGAGCUAGUGAACUUGCCUUCUAUAUUUCUAGAAUAAAGAGGAGACCAUACCAGGGGGUGAAGCAACAGGGAGCAUAAUGCACUCAGUGAUAACCCAAAAUAAGAAAUGUAACACUUAAAUCUCUUUCUCUCAUUUUUAAAUGACUAUUUGUGGGUGACCUACCUCAGAGACAACAAUACAAAAAAGAAAGUCCAACCCACCAAGACAGGAUGCUGAACUUGGGGUUGCUAUGCUACUUUAUACAUGCUUGACUAAUAUGUUUCAAAAACUACAUUUUUUCAAAGACUAAAGAUCAACCUAUGAGAGGGAAUGCAAGAACUAUUUACAACAACAGGUUUCUUACUGUAACAAAUAGGAAGGAAAGAAGACAUAAGGCCCAUUUGUAGGGUGAGAAUUGUAAGCAUAAGGCUCACUGUCGGUAUGGAAAAGGGAUUGGAUUUUUUUUUUGUUGGCUAUGACAACAUUGAAUUUAAGGGAGAAAGGGGGUUAAAAGGUAAAGACCUCUUUAUAGCCCAUUCAGAUAUGUGCUCUUAUUGGUCUAACUUUUCUCUUUGAAUUUUAGGUAUGAAAUUAUACUAUAUGUUUCUGAUUCCACAGACUGGAUGGGUUUAAUUCCCACCAUGGGUGUCACUCGGGUUGUUGUUUUUUGGGGGUUUUUUUGCAUUUUCCUCAGGAUACCAGAAAUACUUGGAAUUAAGUAUAUGCAAAAUAUAGCUACUGAGACUUUAAUGUUGAGAUUUUAGCUGCACAACAGGCAAGGUAGUCGGAGUUCUGGUUGGAAAAGUAUCUGGUACUUGCUUGUCUACCUACAUGUGAUCUAUUGUGUGUUAGUGAUAAUAUAUGGUACUGUCUCUAAAUGUAAUUAUGCUGCCUGCCUCUAUAACGUGUUCUUUGCAACAGGAUCUUUUGCUACUGGAAUUAUGUUAUAAAAACAAUACAGAUGACUAAUAGAAAGGCUGAAAGUUGGUUUCAAAACUUAAAGCCUUGCUUACAAGAAUUGGAAGGACCUAUAGGCUAACCCCCACCAAGUACCUUAAUUGUAGACUGCAGAUGAAUUUUAUGCCUCUACCUCUGUGCUGUGGCUGAGGGGUGGACUGGAAUAAUGCAGCUCUGAUUAUAUCUGAGGCAGGAGUUCAGAAUGUACCCAAGAGCAGAUGGGCAGCGCCCCGGCUGCAAAUAACUGUGUGGUGUAAGAAAGGGAUAUGCAGGGCUGCUUUAAACAAUGGAAACUGCAGCCCAUAGGUAAAUUUCUAAGGAAGUUACGGGUGACUGCCAAUCAAGGACUUAUAACAGAAGUGCCACUGAUUUCAUAAAUGUAGCACAGCCACCUCUAAUAGCAAGCAAAGCACUGACUUACCAGCUGCAUCAGAAAUAAUCCUGUAGUCAUGUCUACCACUCCAGAAUUUCAGAAUUAUAUAGCCUGACCCUUUGUCCUGAUUCAAAUUCCUCCACCUUUUAAGUGAACCAGUCCUAGCCCUUUCUCACGUGGAGUUCAACUCUAAGUGCUACACAGUUUAAUAGGUAUAACAUAAAUAGUGUUAUAAAGAAUUUAAUAGAGAAUCACAUCCUUCCCAUACAUUUUUAAAGUAUCCUUUACCUUUUAUAGACAGUGAUAUAUAUUCCUAUUUAGUGAUACAUGACAGUUCCCAAAGCCUUCAGAAAGGUUAUCAUUCAAUAUUACAUUUCACAGUUUUCCCUACAGGAAACACACAUGAGAAACCAUUACCAAAAAUAUCUGAAAAAGGUUUUGCUGUACACCCUCAAACCAAACUGACUAAAAAGUAUCUUCAUUAUGGAUUGCGCUUUCUCACUAUAAUCCUGAUUUUUGUACCCUCCUUUCUGCAUUUAGCUCAUAUAAGUUUGUCAACUCUAGCUGAUGCAGUCAGAAGGGAUUUCCAUAUUAUCUAGUCUCAUUUCUAUACUAUUUAGUUCCCAUACUUCCUGGACAAGUGAACCAUGGUCAACCUUCAAAAUUUCUUGAAAGCCUUUAUGCAUUCUUCUCAUGAAACUUUUAAUUGGAGAGUCAAAUCAGAUCACUUACCAUGGCCUCAUAGACCAUAGCAUGGGAAACACUGAUUUCUAAUCUAGCUCCCUGCUUCAGAUAGGAAGACCCAUGUAACACCUCUUCCAACAGAUACCCUUCUUUAAAAAGAUCUAGUUAUGGCGUGCUCAGGCCAAUUCUGCAGUAUGGACAUACAGUUAUAAUGCUUUAAAUCAGUGUGGGGGAAGACCUAGAGUGCAUCAGCUGAUCUAUUGUACAGUAAUUGUUUAUUCUGUCCAUUCCAGUUCCACAGUAAAUGGAGCUAAACCACAGAAGUGUAAUCUUUCAUUCAAGUAUAAACCACCUCAGUUUAACUUCCGCUAACUACAGGAUAGGACUGGACAGAUAAAACAGAGUUGAUUAAUGAGAACCAAGGUUCUGAUUCUCUUCACCUUCCUAUUGCAGUAGUGUAAUUCUUCAUCUGAAUACCAUGAUACACAGCCUUUUAUUUUAGUUUUAACCACUGAGAAUAUGAUUCUCAGUUGUCGUGAACCUUGAUUAUUAAUUUUUACUAGUGCAGAGAGGGUGUAAAAGGAAUCUAUUUUGGUCUGGUAGUGUUUUAUACCUACCAUGUAUGCCUAGGGCCCUGAUAGAAAUGACUGAACAAGAUAUGAGUCAAUGAAUAAUAAAACCUAAAAACAUAUUAACACUAAGUGAAGGUACCUAUGGUUUUGCCACCUGCUGACAGCAGCAGUUGUAUUUAUUGUUUGUAGAAUGUAAAAGGAGCCUGAAAUUUAUUAUGAAAUAAACAAUGCCGACCAAAUGUACUAGUACCAUCAGAGUCUGAACCCUGCCCCCAGCCACAAGAAAACAAAGUGUCUUUACCUUUUGACAUUAGUCAAAACUGAAACAUUUCCUAUGAUAGAGAAAAUCAUCAUAACCACAUAGCUUAGAAAUUAAAAUGAAGCUACAACAUACAUGAAGAAGGGGGGCGGGGGGCUGGGGGACUGGUCUGCAGCCAGUCCAGAAUAGAAAGUCUUUGCUCAUUAGUAAUUUGGAAGAAAACUAGUAAUGAAGAACAAGACUACCCACUUGCCAACCCUCCCCCCCCCCCAAAAAAAAAACCCAAACCCCAAAACCCCCCAACAAAAACCACACCCAGCCAAGCAGAAUGAUUUUCAGAGUUUAGCAACAAAACAAAAAUCUUUGUAAAACAGCAACUGCAGGGGGUUUCAUGUUCUCUUCUGUAGAGGAGUGGGCCCUUAAGCACAUUUUUGGACCACUGCUUUACUAGCCUCUUCUCCUCUGUCACCCAACACAGACUAGGAUCAAAUUAGACACCCUGGCCCUUCUAAAACAAAAAACAAAGAGAAAAUGCCCAGACAUCCUUUAAUCUUCACUAAGAAAAAGUAAACUCUGGAGAGGACCUUGUUCAUUCAACUGUCAAAGAGUUGCUGAAAUUUCACAGGAUAUGAAGAUGGUGGGUUGGAAAUCAAGAGAAGGAUUUGAACCCAGACUUUUAUUGUCAUUCUCUUCGUUUCAUUGUAGUGGUUGUAUUUGUAAAACUUCCUUUAAAAAUAAUUGCCCACAAAGAUGGAUCCGGGGAACAAACUAAUCAUCACAGGCAGGAAUAAUGAAUAAUCUAAAGGAAUUUCAUUAGCCCCACAUGUAUGCAGAGUAUCGGUAAUGACAGCUAGUCAUGGCAGACAGGUGUGAAGAGUUCAGGGCCUGCACAUGAAUACUGAAUUUGUUGGAUCUGGUGCUCUUCCAUCAAAUCAUACAGUAAAGAAAAUAGCCUGUCCUCUUAGUUUCCUUCCAGAGAGGUGAUAACUGCAGGACAUUGGCAAGAUGAAAGGGGACACAGCUUCCUUCCCUUGCUGAUUUCAUCUGGCAUGAUGUUGUCAGGGCAUCCUGCCCCAUUGCUCCACCACCUUAUUGGCAGUUCAGUAGGGAAGCUUUUGGGAGAGUGCAAAUGAGCAGCUGUUGGGAUGGCAAGCUGUGCUCAUAAAAUGUAGAAGAUUGUAUUUCAGAGCUGGGAACAGAGACUCUGGAGAGGGGGAGGGAGGGGAAGGAAGCCAGCCAGAGGGGAAGUGCAGCAAGGGGUCUCUUUUAAAAGAUUUAUUUUGGGAACAGGGAGAUACGAGGGGCAGAGGUUGACGGAUACUCUCAACAGCUGUUCUUCCUGGGCAGGAUGGAGGUUAUAAAGAGAAGGGACCCCCCUGCAUCUUUAUUACUCUAAGUUACUUGAAAUUUCAUUCAUACAGUAAGAGAAUCAUCUUCAGGCCUUUGAUGUAGACACCAGCUCUCCAGAUGUUGAUAGCAGAAGAUGUUUCCCCAAUUGUUGAAGGAGCACUCUCCAGGGACCACAGAGAGAGCCGUGUGUUCACAACAGAGCAAGUUCUGAAGUGCUUGACUCAGUUUAAGGGAAGGAUCACAUACACAAAUUCCUUCCCACCUCUGCUGUUACUGCAUCGCAGCAGUUGUUGUCAGAUGACAGGAAGCACACUCGAUGCACUGCAGCACUGUCUCUCCUUCUCCUUCCCUAGGUUGUUCAUUUCCCUCUUCUUGUCUAGGGCCUUUGCUUUGUUCCAUUCUACUGGAAUAACACAAAGCAGUUGAACCAAACCAUCCCUCUGUUUCAGUGUGUAGGUACAUCAGGCCUGAAACUGGCCACUUGAAUUUAAGAUCUGAAAUGACAGAAAGACCAGAAAGGCCAUAGGGAAAUGCUGAGGAUUCUCCCACAAGUGCACCUGAUAAAAGCCCAUUUGGGAAAGGAAGGUAAAGCAUCACCCACAUGAUAAGGAAACACUGGAAGAUUGGAACAUACACUCUCUCAAUAGCUGCAGAGCACCAGAGGCUGAAGAAGACCUUCUUUAUUCUCCUUCAAAGGGGAGGGCCUUUCUGAUGACAGUCUUGGACUCUUCCAUUACUCCUCAUGGAUAAAGGGCACGCUUUACCCCAGGAUUUCCGGGAUCUGUUACAUUGUUUGAGAAUGAGGAGCAAGUAUGCCAUUCUACUCGUGUUUGUGGUAGCUCUUGUCAUUAUUGAGAAGGAAAAUAAUAUCAUAUCAAGAGUAUCAGACAAGCUGAAGCAAACCCCACAAUCACUGAUGGAGGCAAACAGCACAGACCCUGGCUUAGUGCUAGCAGAAAAUGGGUCCCUCUUAUCCCUCAGUGAGCUGGACUCUGCCUUCUCUCAGAUCAGAAACCGGCUUCUGAAUGUUACCCUGCAGCUAGGAGGGAACAGGGAGCUUGCUGUGGCCCCUGCCAAGGGGCCCCGGAGACAUGUACUGCUCAUGGCCACCACCCGCACAGGCUCCUCCUUUGUGGGUGAGUUCUUCAACCAACAAGGCAACAUUUUCUACCUCUUCGAGCCACUCUGGCACAUCGAGAGGACAGUGUCCUUUGAACCUGGUGGUGCAAAUGCUGUGGGGUCGGCCCUUGUCUACAGAGAUGUCUUGAAGCAGCUGUUUCUCUGUGACCUCUACAUCCUGGAGAACUUCAUCAGCCCACUCCCUGAGGAUCACCUGACACAGUAUAUGUUCCGGCGAGGCUCAAGCCGCUCAUUGUGCGAAGAGCCUGUAUGCACCCCUUAUGUCAAGAAGGUCUUCGAGAAGUACCACUGCAAGAACCGUCAGUGCGGCCCCCUGAAUGUGACCCUUGCAGCGGAGGCCUGCCUACGCAAGGACCACAUGGCUCUCAAAGCUGUGCGAAUACGGCAGCUGGAGUUCUUACAGCCAUUGGUUGAAGAUCCUCGCCUAGACAUGAGGAUCAUCCAGCUGGUGCGAGACCCACGGGCGGUGCUGGCUUCACGCAUGGUUGCCUUCUCGGGCAAGUAUGAGACCUGGAAGAAGUGGGCUUCAGAAGGAGCAGCUCCCCUCAAUGAGGAUGAGGUGCAGCGACUGCGAGGGAACUGUGAGAAUAUCCGUCUCUCAGCUGAACUUGGCCUGAGGCAGCCUGCAUGGCUGCGGGGCCGCUACAUGCUGAUUCGCUAUGAGGACAUUGCCCGGUCCCCCCUCCAAAAGGCCAAAGAAAUGUACAAGUUUGCAGAUAUCAGCAUCACACCACAGGUGGAGGAGUGGAUAUUGAAGAACACGCAGGCACCUCAGGACAGCAGUGGCAUCUACUCCACCCAGAAAAACUCCUCAGAACAGUUUGAGAAGUGGCGCUUCAGCAUCCCAUUCAAGUUGGCCCAGGUGGUGCAGAAUGUCUGUGGCCCAGCCAUGAGUCUGUUUGGCUACAAAGUAGCCAGCAAUCCUGAGACCCUGACAAACCGAUCCAUCAGCUUGUUAGAGGAAAGGAGGACCUUCUGGAUCACGUAAGAUCCUCUGUUGCUGGUUUUCUAAAAAGAAGUAUAUUGUUAAACUGACAAAAAUAGAAAUAGAACAUGGGAACAGCUGAGGAAGCAGGAACAGGGGCACCAUGCCCUGCUGACCUGUAUCACACCCUCAUCUCUAAAGCUUGUGUUUAACACAUGCUCCUUGUUCAUUCUAAGUGCUUUCUAUUUCUCCAGAGGACAAGAGGGCAUUUAGCCACAACCAAAAUUUCAGCUCUCUAGAUGGAGACUGUAAUGUGGCAACCCUCUGAACUAAGCAGAGCUCAAAUGCUGGCAGUGGGAAGGACCAAAGCAAUAGGUGCCAGCUUCCAUACCUCAGCACUUAGCUUUCUUCCCAGUGCAGGCGCCACCCUUUGCUGAAAGGGCAUUUCUGCACUAAACAUCCAAAGAGAGAAUCCUAUUUUUUUUUAACUGUACACUUUAGAGUCCCUUAUCCUGCUGAGUACCAGAGGAGGUGGGAAAAGCCAAGGAGUGCUCUGAUAUUACCUGAGGCAGACCUGGCUGUUGUGGUUUUCUUGUUGGAUGGAAAUGCCAAGAGGGACUUGUUUCAGGUUUGUUGUCCAUAGAUUGCUUAGUAAUUCCCCAACAAUGGGGAGGUAGGGGAACAAGCACCCUAGUGACUGCUGGUAAACAUUCAAACCCAGGAUAUUGUAUGGGUGGUCUUCAGACCCUGAAAUAAACAGUUGUUCAAAUUUGAAGAGACAUGAGUGGGUCCUGCAAGGACCAGCAAACUAUCCCCAACUCUGCUCUUUGAAGAGCAGAAAGCCACGGAUACAGGGCAGACAUGCAGCAAAGUCAGCUACAGCUGUACCACAUUAGAGAUUAUUGGCCCAGGUGCAGGAUUCCUCAUGUUGGCUGCUUUUUGUCUUGCUAUCAAAUGCACCAAAGCCAGCAGCUGAGAGAUUUCAUAGAUUUCAUAGAUUUCAUAGACAUUAGGGCUGGAAGGGACCUCGGAAGAUCAUCGAGUCCAGCCCUCCGCCCAAAGGGCAGGACGUCAGCUGGGGUCAUAGGAUCCCAGCAAGAUAAGCAUCCAGUUUCAUCUUGAUGGUAGAGAGACAAUGGGAAAGCUAUUUAAAAAAAGAGCAAGAGAAAGCAAUCUUCCCUAUCCCUGGGGACCGGACUUGCCUUCCUAAGUGGCAUCAACUGUUUUGUCUUCUACUCCCCCAUAAAAAAAAUCUGCAAGCUGGUUUCCUCAGUGAUCCCUUGAUAGUAGCUGGUGUCUACUGAACGACAAUGAAUGCUUUUUUGCCUGGUUGUGGUAGGGCAUUGCUGUACUUGUAUUUGUGUCUUCUUGUUGCUUUUGUUUCUCUGGAAGUGCUGGUUGGAGGUUGGCAGUAACCCUCUAGCCCAAAGCAGAGGGAAAUUGUUUGUCCAAUUAGUUUUCUUGGUGGGGAGGGAGAGAGGGGAGGGGAGUGGAAGACUGGGAUGUGGGAAAGUGGGACCUUGUCCAAAGUUGGGCAAUAGAAAUAGUUUCUCUAACAGGAAGACAUGGGGGAAGAUUGCAACAGACCAAUUUCUAGCAUGUGCUGCUCCUUCUCCACCUCUGCAUUUAAGCUUGGUUUUGGUUCGUGGGAGACUAGUCUCUCCCCUUAGCCAAGUCUGGAAAGGAUUAUUGGACUCCCCUGCUCACCCUUAAAUUAUCUUCAGGGCAGAAACAUCAAAAUAACAUGCUGGCUAAAAGUGACUUUUUUUAAUGUUAUUUUUCAAGGGGCAGUAUUAGGUUCACUUUAAUUACAUUUAAAGGGAUUCUGUCAACAGAUAACACAUUCCUUCCUGGAACAUGUCUUGACUUAGUGUUGUCCCAAAUAACACUACAGAUUAUGCUAAAUUCACAUAUUGCAAGGAAAAUGUUUUUUCUCUGUUCUUAAGCACAUUUGCUUUGUGCACUUGCAACUGUGCCCCAAAUCAUGGCUUCUACUGUGCCCUUCUGUGCUGAUGGCUGGUUUCACUUCAUAAUCUCAUGCACCAACAUGAGAUGGCAUUAGAAUUGUCAUGCACAAGGGUAAUGGGAAGUACAGCUGGGUAGCAGAGAAGGGGGAAAGCUGGUUUUAUUUCCUUUGGACACAACCUGGGAGCGCUGAGGAAGCUGGAGCUAGUGAGUAAGUAGAGUAACAAGGUAAAAGCUAAUCAAGAGAUGAUCCAGACAAAUUUUUGUUUAAGGCCUCUGUCGGGCCUUGCUAGUGCAGCCCACAUAAACAUCAGCAAGAUUGAACAGAAACAUGCAAGAAAUACAGGCAAGAUAUGCUGGCCAGAACCCUCAAAUCACAAAGCACUUUAAGACAAACGGGUAGUCACUUAAUCUAAAAGAAAAUUAAGUUGAGACAUACCCUGGCAAAGAUAGCAACACCACACCUUUCCUUCUAAAAGAUACCACACAGUCUUACUAAUGAAUCAUACAUUGUUAAAAUUGUAAUCCUUCUAAGGAUCAAAGUUUGCUUUUCAGUAAUCAUGCAAUGCUUUCAUUUUCUGCAUCUCCAACAGUUUGGACAACCAAAACAGAGGUGAGACAGUUCUUCUUUGCAGCUCACCUGUGUUAACACAAUACAGCAGCGUUCGGGUUGCAAGCACUGCAAGAAAAUAUUGAGCAAAAAACCUGGAAACUGCUUCCACUGACAUUAGAAAAAUAAUCUUGAAAACAUUUAUUAAUUUGGCAGGUCUUGUAAGCCCCUUAGUUUUUUAAAACCUACAUUUCCAGCCUAACUCCCUUUAUAUUUUUUGCUUUCCCAGAGAACUAUUCGUGGCUGAAUAAAGUUUGUAAAAGUGGAAAGAAAUAGAUAAAAUACCCACAAGCUUCAAAGGAGGCUCUUCCAUGUGUACUUUUUGUGACAGAUUCUGUAGUUUUCAUAAUCAAACUCAGCACCCACCAAAGUACAUAUUUUAAAAUACUGUUCCCAGGUUUUUGAACCACAAGGACCAGUGAACAGCUGUCAACAACCUUUCUUUACAUGUAGUCAUUCAUUUGUUAUUUUUUCCCUGGUGCAGAUAAACAUAAGCCAGUAUACAUUAAAUACACAGGUUCUAUCUUGGAGACAUUUACAUGUUCCCAAAACAAUCUCACCUGUCAGCCAAAGAUAAUAUGGCCAGCCUCUACAAAAAUAGAGCAUCAAGGUGGAGGUAGAGAUUUGUAAUGGUCUUGGUUCACUUACCAUGCCCCAGGACAACCUGCAUUUUCAGGACCUUUGAGAGGUGGUGGUUUUAUCUUUGGACAAGUAGCAGGAAAGCACAUAUACCCCUAUGCAACUUCACACUCCUCUUAAAGAUAAGCACAUGAGUAAGUGCUAUCUUGGACUGGUGAGCUUCCAUGAAUCAGGCCUUUAAUGCAUAUUGCAGCAUUUCAUUGGAAUAUUUAAGACAAGAGCAAUGCAUACAGAGUACAGAACUAGUGAAAACUCCACCUACCAGAAAACUGUACUGGUCUGCAUCAGUGCAGAUAGUUGUAAAACCUGCCAGCAUAAAAAUGGACAAAUGUAUACCUACACAAGGGCCAUGUUCUAAGGCCCAUUUAAAGCAGUGGAAAGGCCCUUAUUGGCUUUACUGGAUCGGGCCCAAGGCAGAGGUCAGUAGUGAACUGGACUCACAGUCCCUUGCUGACUAGAGUUUUUGACCAGAUCCAGUAGCAACCUGCAAUGGAAACUGUCCUGGAAAUGUUCCUGGAGAGGCAGGGGCAGUAAAUGCAGCUCCAACCAGCACUUUGGUUAUGCUGAAAUGAGGUGAUCAUGAUGGGGGUUUUUUUAAAUUUUUGUUGUGCUUUUUUUAGUGUGUGUGUGUGUGUGUGUGUGUGUGUGUGUGUGUGUGUGUGUGUACACAAGGGCUGCAGCCUUGCAGGGACCAAACUGUCACUUGGCAUAGGUAAAACUGUUUAGAGAAUGGAGGUUUUACCAUUAUAAACUGCAAGGGGAUUAAUUUAUUUAUUAUAUGAAAAAGAGGGGAGAAUAUUUUAUUAGCAGUGAGUCAGAGCUAUACCCAAAACAGACAGUCAAAAGAGACCAUAGGAAAUGGGAAGUGGAGAGAUAGUUGUACCAGGAGCGGCUCAAUUUUGAUUUCAAACAAAAUGCUGUUUAAUUUUGAGAAAUCCUUUCAGUUUCUCUCUUUAGCAUCUGGAUACAAACAAUAAAACAAAAAUUACACAGAUAGAAACUGCUAUCACAGCAGGUAACACCUCUACUCUUUCUAAACGAAUCUGACUAAAAAUACAUGGUUGUAUUUUCUCAGGCUAUCUAUUUUGUGCAUUGACAAUAUGUUUUGCACUGUUAUCUAUUAUGUGAGAGGGAUUUUCACAUCCUAACAGGAGUUGAUAAUAUGAUAAGAGAAAACAUGGUGGUAACAUCUCCAAAAACUGGCAUGGCAUUAUACCUGUACCUGCUUUGCACUCAUUUUUUUAAAUGACUGCUUUUCAAGUAACAGUAUCCUCCUAACCUUUUGGGAACCACAGUAAAAUUACAAAAAGACAAACAGUAAGUACAGAAUGCCAAUCCCUUAUGACACAGAAAAGCACAGAAAUCCAUAGAAGUGAAAUGGCACAUGGCAUAAAGGACGGGCUAAUGACCUUUGGGAUCAUACCUUUGUCUACUAAGAAGUAAGCAUAGGGACUUCAUUUCUGCAUAGUUUGGAACUGAUGCCAGGUCUCUGUUGAACAUGGGGAGGAAAAAAAACCCAAUUAGAGCUUGAGGCAGUUUGGUAGGUAAGCACAAGAUACGCCCAGGAAUUAAAGGCCAAAUUCAACUAUAAUAUACACCUUUGGCAAUCUCAUUUCACUUCAGUGGGGUUUAAGUCACAGCAGGAUUUGGCCCAGACACUGGAAUCCUGUCUCAUUCCUGGAAUAGUCCCUCAAGUCAGAGCUGCAUUCAUUAGCAGUUUGGGGAAUCGCACUACAUGGCUACCUCCUAUAUACACAGACUGGGAGAGACAGAGGGAUUCAGUUCUCUACUUAGUCAGUCACUUGACCUUCCCAAGCACAAGAGAGUCAUUCAGCACUUAUUUAUUUAAGGGAUUUUUUCCCCUCACUUGAUGAACACAUCUUCAGUCUGAAAGAGAGAGAGACUCUGACCUUCGUAAAUAAAAGGGAAUAUUCUUCUGCAUUUCAGUUACUGAAAAAGGAAAGGCAGGUUUCUAACAACUUAACCCUCUUCUACCAGGUUCUCUAGGUGUGUACCUCUUCUCAUUCUUCCCUGCAUUUCAUGAGAAAUGGGCCAGGCCCAGGUGCUGAUAGAAAGCUCCACUUGCCAUCUGCCUGUUGUGCCCUCCUGAACCCAGCUUCCUUGCUCAUGCCUCAUAACCUCCAGUUAACAGACUGGCUGUGAGAGCUUUGUCUCAGGGGGGAGACCCCGUCACUGAAGAGGUGUGGAGGAAGAGAAGGAGCAGGCAGCAGGAUCUGAAUGGAAACUUUUUAUUUGCUGCUGUACUGCAUGUCAUCACCGUGGGCCAGGGAGAAAGGCUCUCAGCUGCUGUCAGGGCUCCAGGACUCUUUAAGAUGAGCAGCUUCAUUAUUUCAGCUCUUUCUUCCUCUUCUCAAUUGUCUGUUGAUUUUCAACUCAAAGACAGAAAUCUCAGGUGUUCACCCCUCUUAAUGGCUGAUACUGUGCUGCCCAGAACAGCUGUUCUUUUUGUUUAAAAUCAAAAUACCCGCAUCCAGGAUUUGAAGCAGACCUUGUAACUUUAACUGCAGGGGUUCUCCCCACUGAGGAAAAUCUAAGGGGAAAGGAGGCGAGGUGGAGCAAACACAGCACAAGGCAGACUUUAAAGGAAAAGGCACUGACUUAGCUUCAUUGGGCAGCAGGAAAUGUGCAGCUGAGGGAGUCAAACAUCCUCUUGUUUAUUUUUCUGGAUGGGGAGAAUUCUGCACUACUAGCUGGGAGUUUUUGGAAAAAUAAACUUGCAGCUAUGCCAAUAUACAUGCAUUUUAUUACUGGCCCCAUGUUGAGGUUCUAACUUAAAGGCUCACCUAACUCUGCAGCAGUGCUGUGACAGGCUUUUCUAACUGGCUGUGCCCACUGUGGUCUGCUUGCCAGUGGAAGCUCUCGACAGACCUGUCCCCUGAAGAGAAUAGUCAGUGCUCCGGUCUGAAUCAGCCUUGCGGAUUCACAGAAAUGAAUGUGAACCUUGUGACCUGUUAGAAGAUGGCUGACUUGUCUUAUUUAAUUAAAAAAAAAAUCACAGUGGAGGAGAAUCCAAAACAUUGCUUGUCUCUCUAAUGUUUAUUCCCUUGUUAUUUUUGGCAGUGAGAAAAAUGUAGGUAUUAAACAGCAGCAGGUAUAACAGGUAAGAUGGUGUAAAAUGCAUCCCUCCCCCUGGCCCCCCAAGCAAAGACUUGCUUUCUUUGUGGAACAGCAACAAGGGUUCAGAGAACUAAGAAAGUAGAAGAGACUCAGGAAAAUAACACCUGGAAAUGACAACAAGAAAUCCAGCAGCAGAUUGUGUGCACAAGAGCAAGUCUCCAGUUUAAUGGGUGUUCUCCUUGUGGGGGACUGAGCACUCAGGACUCCCGUUCAUUCAUACAGAAAUUACAAGUGCUUAUUUCCCUCAGAACCAGUCCUCUAACAUGCCAUUCACCUGCUGUGUCAAACGUUGGUUAUAGAGUUGUGUGCAAAAGGGCUGGUCCUACUGCCAAAAUGCAUAGGUGGACUGAAACCAGAGAGAAAAAUGUUGGUUUCAAAUCCAUCAGAACACAGGAGGAAAGGCUAACCAGAUGCCCAGAGGAAAAGAACAGGCUAAACAGAAAACUGGAAAUUACCUGCAGGUCUCUAACAGGGCUUUAUUCCCAUGCCCUGGAGGUUUAUGCCUCAAUGUAGCAGUCAACCACUCUUACACACCCCUACUUCAGUGGCAAGGGGAAUCAGUAGCAGGAGUGGCAGCAGCGGCUGAAGUAGGGGACACAGGAGCAACUCAAGUGGAGGGCACCAGUGAUUGCUGCCAUGAUUUGUGUGUGCCCCCUUGGAAUCCUUUGUACUUCUACCAAGCAGCCAUCCCCCACAGUGUGCGAAAUGUUGCCACAGAGAAUUAUAAACCUACUGAACUGCACUCUAAUUCCCUUCACCUACCCUAGUCUGGCACCAGUAAUGGCAAGGCAGGUGGGACUCACCAUAAGCUAGGGAGAGUUGUAGUCAAAAGGCAACUAGUUGCUAUGCUGAGGACAUGAAAGUGGCAGGAAGGAGCUGACCGGUGGUUAGGUCUUGCUUUGCUCGGGACUCCACAUACUUGGAGAACUGGCAUAGGAAGACUGAGGUAAAACAUGUCAUGAAAUUAUGCCAAAGGCUUCAAUCCUUUAGCUCUUAAUUUUAAUUUCAGUUUCAGAAGUGUCCUGCCCAAGAGUCCACUCAGAUGCCUAGAGCUCCUUUACUGCCAAAAUCUCAGGACUAAGUGACCACGUGGCAACAGGUAGAGAUCUCGGUGCACACUAGCUCCAGAACACAUCACUACAGCUAUGUUAGGUUAAGCUAUAUUUGGGCUAAUCAGCUUUGUGUAAAGUAGGGCCUAUAAGCCCAUGUACAGUGCUAUUCUAGCAUAGCCCACUUAAUUCAAAUUAUGGAGCUAGUAUGUACAAAGGCAGCCUAAGUAUCACCACAAAUUUUAGCAUCUAGGAUUAAUACUAUUUCCGGGUAUCUCAGCAUAGCAGAGCCUGGCUCUAUGUAGGCUCGUGAUACAUGAGCUAGCACUUUUGUAGCUUUGCAGAACACUGAAUGCCCUUAGUGGUUACCAACCAUUUUAGACUCAAGACAGUCCCUGCUAGACUCAAGGUACACUUCAGAAAAUGCCAGCUCUUCGUUUUCACUUAUAGUUUGACUAGAAAAAAUAAAAGCAAUUCUUCUGUUGCAAAGAACUCAGAAAGACCACAGCAGAGCAGAAUGUUUUUGACACUGGAUUCCUAUUUGAAAUCUCUGGGAUAAUCUUGUGACUUGUGUAGGUGUUCAUACAUCUAACAGUGCUAAUAUUGAAAAGCCCUUAAAAGGAUCUCACAGUACCCCAGCUGAGAAUCAUUGCCCUAAUGUGUUGUCUCUCUAGCUGGGCUCCAUGCUGCUUGACAAAAUAAACUUGGGGGCCUGGGACCUCAGAUUUAGGCAUCCUUCAGCUGCAAAUUUCUCAACAUAAAAAAGUAAAUUGGGGUUCAGUAAUAAUGGCACUGGGAGCUCAUCCCCAGAGCACUUCACCAUAGCAAACACUAUUCCAGCCAGAUCCUGGGCUACAGCAUAGCCUCUUUGUACUAUUCCAUUUAUAAAGGAGGCCUUCAACAUAGCUCUAUGGCUGCUUUCCACAGAGGGGGCAGUUAAGUAUUUCCCAGGCAUGGGGGAAUCCCUGACUGGCACAGAGCCAAAGUAACCAGGUCUGAAUCACUACCUACAGCCUCUCACCAUAGGGGAGUGAGGAGGGAGAUUUUGUGAGCAUUCUAGAUGUCUUCAGCACAGCCCAUAGGGGCCCACUGCAACUGGGAAGAUUUAAAGCAACCAACUUCUUAGAAGCAAAACCUGGGACACAGGCCUACACACUCCACAACUUUCUAGAACCAGCCAUGCUCUACAUCCCUUCUGAUUAAUACCACCACCCUAGUGCAACAUGCAGGGUAAGUAAUUCACUGCUAUAAUGUAGAGCUAUUUAACCAGAACAGCAUUGUGUGAAAGCAGCUGUGCUACACUGUGAUUUAGGAGAUAACCUGUAGCUAAUUAGGGACUAAUUUCCAGCCCCCCCCAAACUUAGGAUAAAAGUCCCAUUUCAGGGACUCUGGGGACCCCACACAUCCCCAGAAUUCUGGAUUGUCCCAGCAAAUUCAAGAUGACCAAUCAUUUUAUAUGGAUUUAAACUAUGGUUGGAGUUUAACUUUUGAAAACUGCCUUGGCUACCUUUUCCACAGCUGUGCUGAGUGGAGGUCUUAUGGCUGCUUAUUUGGGCCCUGAGUUUACCAAAUCAGUAUCUUCCUUGGGUGUCUCAAGCAGAGAAAAAUCACACAGCAAGGGCAGGUGGAGACCCCUCUACAACAUGACUACACUCUGCUGGUCACCUGAACAGGCACUUAAAUGAGCUAUGGAUAUAUCCUAAACAUUUUGAAAAGGCACAAAAUCCUGUAAUUGUUCUAAAGGGCUCUCAAAUACCCCUUCUCCCCUUGCCUCCCCUGCAGCCAUGCCCAGAUGUGUCUAUGAAUUCUGUACUAACCCUUCACUGGGGGAAGCAGGGUCUCUGAAGAGCUCAAUCUCAUGGAAGUAAUUAUAUUUUAAGAAUUCUAUUUAAUUGCUUGAAGUGUAUAACAUUUUCUAAUGUCCAAAGCUGCUUAAAAUGUAUGGGCUUUAACCUUUUUCUACAAAAUUAAAAUGGUGGAGAACUUUUAUGUAAGAAAGGUCAAUAUGGUCUGCAGAUCUACUGGAACAAUCCCAUUUCUGAGUGAAAGUAGACUGAUUUUUCAGUCAAAAACCCAACAGAAGUGGGCUGAGUUUUUGAGAGAGGGUGAUUUUGCAUGGAAAAUGAGAAAAUUCAAGCCAUGAGAUAUUUCCAAUGUUUAAAAAACAUUUUAGAAAAAACUGAGCAAAAAAAGAAGAGAAAGUGAAAAUAGUAAAGAUAUUUGUGCCAAAUUCUGUGAAGUAAUAUUUGUGAAUAUCAUACAAAUCCCUGAAUAAACUUGUAUUUGAGCAGAGCAUAGGCUCAAGCAUAGCUAGACAGAGGCUACAAAUAAUAAACUGAUCCCCUGGAGGUGCAAUCAUUUAAUAGCUAGUAAAAAAAACUUGCUAAAUGCAACCCUGCAGUUUAUUGCAAAAACAGGCAGGUAGUAAAAGCUCAGCAGGACAGGGUUUACCCAAACAAUCAGAGCUGAGUGGGGAAGGACUAGUAGGAAGGAACAGGAAUGGGUCUCUUUAUUGGUACAGCUGAAUCAGGAAUGGCUAUGAAGUACUGCACUCAGAAGAAAAGGAAGGUACGGCUUUGCUAGCACUGCUUUCAGAUGCAUAUAUGCACAUUUGUGUCUAAUGUAUGCAGUACCUACCUGUAUGUGUCUAUGAAUACUUGAAUAAAAGUAAGCAGAUGUAUAUCA